UGGCGCUAAUCGCCAGUAGGUUUCGCGUAAAAAGCGACGAAGAAGACAUUUAGACAUGGCGAUGUCCCGUACAGUACUCAUGCCGGUUCGGGCACUCAUCGCUUUGAGGAGAAAUACUCUUGAAAUUAAUAAAGACAUCUGGUCAAACUGGACUUUUGUAAGUUCAUAUAGGACUAAAACCGGUGUCAUCCAUAAACAUCGCCAUUCUCCGCCGGAAACACUUCAUAAAGGUCGUCCUGAUCUUCUCCGAGAGUUUCCUCAACCAAAGAACCUCUUGUACGCCACACUGUCCAAAUCCCUGGGUCUGUCUGACCUGUCCCAGUACAUCCAGUACAGCUGCACUGAUGGAGAAGUCAAGAGAGCAACCGUAACUCUUCAUUGGCCCAUGAGGAUGGAGGCUGAGGGCUUUGGGUCUCGUAAACUGGAAGCAGAGCGUCAAGCAGCAGCUGCAGCUCUUUGUAAACUCAGAGAGCUGGGAGUCCUUGGUCAAGGAAAGCAACCAUCCAGAACAAGUAAGACAAGACAGAAAGGGAGGCAGACAUCUGUCUGGGAAGAUGAAGAAGAGGAUAUGUCUGUCCGUGAGCAUCUUGAACCUUUCCCGAAGAAAACAUUGAAGGAAAGAGCCCAAGGGCCAAUAGAAGAGGAUCCAACAGUGACUGAGGCACUCUCCAUAUUUCCAAAGCCGAGGGCACUUCUUGGUAGUGUCAUUCAGGUGGCCACAUCAUCCAGUAGAGUCAGAGAGCUGCUUCAGUACAGAACUACUGGUGGGAAGGUAAAGACAUGUGAGUUGACCUUACACUGGCCGGAGGAGAUGACCUUUACAGCCCAUGGCCGUCGUAGACUGGAAGCGGAGUCAAAGGCAGCAGCACUGGCUUGUCUCCGGUUUAAGGAACUGAAGCUUCUGGAUGAGCAGAACAACCCUCUGACUCACGCCAGGUACCAUCAGGAGGAAGUGCGUGAAGCUGGAGAGAGGCACAGACGACCCUGCCGUAUUGAAAUACCCAAGAAUAUAGAACAGAGGAUUCAAGAGUACCUCUCACAGUAUCCAGUGGAGGCUGAAGUUCAAAAAUUAUGGGAUGAAGAGGAGCAGCUAUCAGUUCAAUCGUCUUCCAUCAGUACAGAUGAUGAUGAUGAUGACGAAGACCUCAUUACAGAUGCUAUUACAAAUAAGCCAUACUGCACUUUGCGCCCUGAGGAGGCAGACAGUCUCAGCGACCACCUCCUCAGCCUGUGGAUGGGGGCAGGGCCUGGACGAGGGGUGGAGCUUCCCGUGGACGCCUAUAAACAGAGUGUGCUUGCAGCAGUGAAAUCAUCACAAGUCGUUGUUAUUGCCGGAGAAACGGGCUGCGGUAAGACCACACGAAUCCCACGGUUCUUGUUGGAGGGGUGCGUUAGGAGUGGAGAGGGGGCGAAAUGCAACAUCCUGGUCACACAGCCUCGUCGGAUCAGUGCUGUGUCUGUGGCACACCGUGUAGCGCAGGAGAUGGGACCUGCUCUCCGCCACUGUGUGGGAUACCAGGUGCGUCUCGAAUCACGUCCACCUGAGCGCAGUGGUGGCGCUCUGCUCUUCCUCACUGUUGGCGUCCUUCUGCGGAAACUGCAGUCCAACCCCAGUCUCCAGGGCAUCAGCCAUGUAGUAGUUGAUGAGGUCCAUGAGAGAGACGUCAACACUGACUUGCUUCUGGCCCUGCUGCUCUCAGUCCUGAAAGAGAAUCCAGAGCUGCGAGUGGUUCUGAUGAGCGCGACGGGCGACACUCAGCGGCUGUCUCAGUAUUUCGGGGGCUGCCCAGUGGUGCGUGUGCCUGGAUUCAUGCAUCCAGUGCAGGCGAGGUACAUGGAGGAGGUGAUGACAGAGAUGGGUCGACCGUUACUGGAGAAGAGCAGGGAGAAGAGAAACGGGCUGGAAGAAAAUGACGUCGCUCCUGAUCUUGAUCUGGUGGCUGAUGUGAUAGACCAUAUUCACAGAUAUGGAGAGCCAGGUGCUGUGUUGUGUUUCCUCCCAGGAUGGCAAGACAUUAAAGUUGUACAACAGAAACUGGAAGAAAAAGCUGCUUGCAGAUCAGGCUCACAGAUGAUUCUACCGUUGCACUCCAGUAUGGCUGUAACAGAGCAGCAAGCUGUGUUCCAGCACCCUCCAAAGGGACUGCGAAAGAUCGUGCUGGCCACCAACAUCGCUGAGACGUCCAUCACCAUAGAUGACAUUGUGCAUGUGGUGGAUGCCGGCUCUCAGAAAGAACAGAACUACGACCCCAGAACAAAGGUCUCUGGUCUAAACACGGUCUGGAUUUCACAAGCAAACGUUACUCAGCGAAGAGGAAGGGCAGGCCGCUGCCAACCUGGACAUGCCUACCACCUUUUCCCACGAAAACAGCUUGACAGCAUGGACACAUUUCCCAUCCCUGAAAUCCUGCGCACCCCUCUGGAGAGCGUGGUCAUUCAAGCCAAGAUUCACUGUCCAGAUAGCAAAGCUGAGGACUUCCUGUCACAAGUGCUUGACUCCCCAGACAGACAAGCAGUGAAAGUUGCUGUGAAGAACCUAAUGGAAAUUGGCGUGCUGGACGGCUCAGAGAAUCUGACUCCACUGGGACAGCGCGUGGCCUGCAUGUCGUGUGACCCACGGUUGGGGAAAGUCUUGGUUCUCUCGGCUCUGUUUUCUUGUGUUCUUCCCAUUUUGUCUGUGGCAGCCUGUUUGACUCGAGAUCCCUUCUAUAACAGCAUGCAGAACCGGGCCCUCGUCUCAAAGGCCAAGACAGCUCUUAGUGGUUCCAGCUGCAGUGAUUAUCUGGUCUUCAGUCGUGUUGUUCAGAGCUGGAAAGAGCAACAAGGCAAGGAGAGUAAACAGGAGUUUCUGGACAAAUAUACUCUGUCUGGAGCCAGUCUGCGGUUUAUACAUGGCCUGAUGCAGCAGUUCAGUGAAAAUUUGGCUGAUGCUGGACUGGUGGAUCAUUCUGUUGAAUGUCUGCGUCUCUCCUCUCAUCUGAACCAGCACAGUCAGCAGGAGCAGCUCCUUAAAGCAGUGCUGGUUGCGGGCCUUUAUCCUAACCUCAUACAGGUGAAAAGAGGCACAGUGACAAAAGGUGGAAGAUUUCGGCCAGAAAAUCUUUCCUACCGUACAGAAAGCACCCCUGUGCUGCUGCACCGCUCCUCUGUCAACAGAUUUCAAUGUCACAAGGUAACUAGAGACUAUCAGCUCCAGCUCCAUCUCCAGAUUGGAUCAAGCCUGUUAUGAAGACUUCAGAUGAAGGACUCCAGAACAUCAAACAUGGAUGAUUAAAGAAAAUGAUCAUGUUACCAUUGUUUUGCAUGCACACUACUUUUGCUUAAAAGAAGUAAUAUCUUAUAACUGUACGUUCUGAUAUCAUCUCAUAAAAGAAGACUAUUCUGUUUUUGCUACAAGUGAAUGUGAAAUAAAUUACCUUUGAGGGUGCGUUAAAAGUUGCACUGGGGCCUUAUUCCCAAUGUACUUGACUGUCACCAUGCACAUUUUCAGACAUUUUUACUGUAGCAUUUUAAAGUUAUGGACCCAUGAAUUUGACAAAUGUGACAAUACAGUUACAGGAGAAAUUGCACCAUUAGCUCAAUUGGAGGCGCUAUAUCUCAGCUGUCUUUGAGGGUACGUUAAAAGUUGCACUAGAGCCUUAUUCCCAAUGUACUUGACUAUCACCAUGCACAUUAUGAGACAUUUUUACUGUAGCAUUUUAAUGUUAUGGACCCAUGAAUUUGACAGACGUGGCAAUACAGUAACAGGAGAAAUUGCAUUAUUAGCCCAAUUGGAGGCGCUAUAUCUCAGCUGCCUUUGAGGGUGCGUUAAAAGUUGCACUAAAGCCUUAUUUCCAAUGUACUUGUCUGUCACCAUGCACAUUUUCAGACAUUUUUACU